AUCGCACACCCGGCUCUUACUCCCAUGUAUUUUACCCACCUUCGCUCACUUCACCCAAAAACAACAACAACACCAAACCUAAAACCCUACCAUACCCUCAUAACUAUUAUACUCCCCAUACCAAUAUCUAGUUGUUCAUAAUCGCCGCUGACAUGUCUUCCCUCUGGUUGGCUAAGAAGCGGAAGGCUGAGCUUGUCGAUUUUGCAGAACAACUUGGCCUUCGUGUCGAUGGCUACCUUAAGCAUGAUAUUGAGAACCUACUCACCGAUUAUCUGGACACUCAUUCUGAUCAAUACUUGAAUGACCCCACUUUCAGCGCAUACUACGACACGAUAGCUACGCGGUCCCCCAUGAAGCAUGCACUAUCUGUGGCGGCCGUUUCUGACGCCCCUCUGACGCGCUCAACCAGACGGAGAACCACGCGGUACGCUGUUGAGAGUCUCACGGAGAACGCUUCCACCGCAGAGGAAGAAAGCCCAGAGCCCCGCUCAACUGAGAGAACUUUGAGAUCCGGAUCUCGCUCUCUCUCAACCCGCACCCCUAGGACCGUGCGAUCGCUUCGCGAGGCGGCACAGGUCCCUCUGCCGCCGACCCCGGCUGCCAUCGCAGAUGCGAUCGAGAGCGGCACAAAUGCCAUCAGGGAGAGCGCGAAGAAGGCGGUAGAGAAAGCCGCCAUUCAAGAAAAGGCAAUAAGUCUACGCGACCGCUUGUCGAAUGUCGUUUCCGUGAAUGCCGUCUCGUUGGCAUAUGAAGCCAUCAUCUUGCUGUACCAUCUGAUUCCCUUCACCUACACUGCCAAGAUACCCACGAUACCGGUGAUCGAGAAUUCACCGAAGCUCUUCCUUUUGCCGGAUCUCUUCGUGCUCUUGACUGCGGGUUUUUGGGGCCCAUUUGCGACAUGGCUGGCUACAGCUAUCUUCAUUCCUUUGGCUAAUGCAUAUUUUUUCAAUUUGACAGCAACAGCUGCAGCUGCUCGUUCGAGUUCCAAUGUAGCUAUGUACAGGUCGGCUGAGGAGUACAAGGCGGACCCUCUCGCUUUUGCGGUAACCAAGGCUCUUAUUGCUUACUUGGUCCAUUACAAGGGACUCGAGUUCAUGGGUCUAUUCAACCCGAAGAAUCUAGCAAUUGUUGGAAGAAGUGUCGGAAGAGAGACACAGUUGAUCGGAGCAGGUAUUGCAGGUCUUGCGGCACUCUGGGAGUCGAUCCUGAAGCGAUAGACAUCGCCUCUUGGGAAUUAUUCAGGGGGUGAAACUGUGUUAACGACACCUCUUGAGUGCCAAGGGAGUAGCCGGGGCCGGAUUGGUAUUAAGAUUGGGAACUGGAAUGGAUGCUAUUGAGCUCUUUUUUUUUUUUUCGUGGGGGGGUGCGUAGGAAGUGUUAUUCGGUCCUUGGUUAUUUUUCUGUUUCCUUAUUGAGGGUUAUCGUAUGGGCUUGUAGGCUCGGGAUUACGGCGGUAUUAUGUUUUCUAGGUGUAAAUAGGAUAGUUCUUUGAAUUUUCCUGUGAAGUUGUGCGGCCGAGAAUAGUUUAAUGUGGGAGUUUCUCAUUCAUACUUGUA